GCAACAAUUUAUUUUAUUACACUAGAGUCUCUUUCAUUUUACAAUUGUUGUAGAUUUAAAUCUGUAUUUGUUACCAGGUAGGUAUGUUGGCUUCUUAUGUUCAUAUGUUGUACAGUAUGAUGGUCGCCCCUGAUGAGAACUACAUAUCGUCUGAGUCAUCCUUUCCGUCUGUGUACAGGUUAUGAUGAAUAAACCAUUCAAAUGAAAGAGAGCAAGAACAGGAUAAGCAAAGAAAGUCACUCAGUGCUUGUAUUGUUGUUAUGCUGCUUGCUUACUUCCCUUGCUUACAGGGAUUCGAACCUUUUGUGUCAUUGUAAAAAUAACCAGUGCUACCCCACCGGCGCUUGCCUCCCUAAUGUGACGUGUGAUGACGGCUACUUCGGAGAGAACUGUCUGUACGAGAAUGUAGCCAAGAUCUCGACGACAAACGCCAGCUACCUGGUCGACUCGAAUGUUGAGACCUGCUCUCCCUUCAUGGAGAAAAAAAGUUUCGCUCAUUUCAGGAUGGCCCGACCUAUGACGUUUACCUUCAUGAGACUUGCAGUGAAAGGGACAAACCACAUCCAAGAUCCCUUCUCGAAAGUGGCUCUAGUGUUUGAGGAGAAAGAGGGGGGCAAAGAGGAGUGCUCAUUGCUGAGGCUCUGGACACAGUCCACAAGGGAGGUGGACCUCUUCUGCCCGGACGUGACGAAGUUCGACGGCGUCACCCUGCAGUGGCAUCUCUUGGAGGUCUGCGAGGUGUACAUAAGUCUUGGAAGAAAUGUCGCCAUCGGUGAGCAGGUCCACGGGAGCUCUUUCCGGUCGAGGCAGACGACUUCAACCAAGGGCGUGGACGGCGAUCUGGGCUCCUGCUACAAAACAGCCGCGAUCGAUCCCGAGCCGAUGCUAGCCAUCUUGUUCUCAGCACCUAAGGUUAUUGGAACGGUGCGUCUCCACAGUUCGUGUGAGGACACGGUACUUCCCUUCGGAGACAAAGUCAACGUAAAUGUCUCUGAGGUUACCCCACCGCCAGAGCCACUGAUGCUGAUGAUCUCCGCCUUCGACGCAGACGAAGAGGAAGUAGCUGUGGUGCAGGGGGUUCAGCUUACCUGCGAGCCCCAGGACGUCUACAUCCCUGCUCUGGUCAGCGUGAGCUCCGUGGUCAUUGAGCUUGACCAGCCUCCUAACGGAAAUGGCUCCGGUUUCAUUUUAUGUGAGGUGGAGAUAUUUGGAGAUUGCCCUAUAGGCAAGGCAGGGUUGCUGUGUAAGGAAAACUGCCCCCGUAACUGCCAAAGACAGUGCAGUGUGAUCAAACAUAAUUGCCAGAGGUGUGUGAAAGGAUUUUUUGGUGCCCAGUGUGAAACACGUGUUCCAUUGUGCGGUAAAUUCAAAUACGGGGACCGUUGUCAGAAAGUCUGUAGACAAUGUCUUAAUGGUGUAUGCGACAUACGAGGUAUCUGCGAGCAGGGGUGUCGACCUGGUUACUCAGGAAGUCAUUGUCAUGCGUACUGUGGAAAUUGUGCCAGGGACGGCUCGUGUAGCGCUAUGACCAGAAAAUGUACAUUUGGCUGUCUGGAGAGAUAUUACGGAGAAACUUGUGAAAAAUAUUGUGGCAACUGUAAAGAAGCCCCAAACUGUUCAAUGCGACUUGAGCCUUGCCCUCAAGGGUGUAUCGCCCCUUUCACAGGGUUGUACUGCAAUGAAACGUGUGGUGGGUGUGCUGGUAAAGGUGGGUGUCACCAAUUCACUCAGAAAUGUGCUGAGGGCUGUCUAUCAGUUUUUGAAGGAACUCGAUGUAACUUACAACUCAGCCCGUCUGCUGUCAUUGAGGACGUUGAAAUGGACGACAGCUUUGUCUACAUUGCAAUGGUCACUCUAAGUGUGGUCAUUCUUGUUUUGUACACCUUGCUGACCAAUAUCCAGGCCAUCGCCAGCGUUUUAAACUUAGGAGAUUAAUAGAGAUUUAGAGACUUACUUUUAACGAUAGAAACUUCCCGAGAAAAAAUUAAUAUGCAACCGAUUCCACAGCGCUUUUGAAACAUAUCUAUUGAUAUAUUUAUUAUUGAAUGUAAGCAAUUUUGUUUAUUUACAGACUGUUGUUUCAUUAUCAAAAUGUUGUAUUUA